UCGGUAAAGAUCAACAAAGAAACUUAAAAGGUCAUCUUUAGUUGCUGCAUGCUGUGGACAGGACAUGACAUGACAUGGAGCAAAGCGUAAUGGAGCCUGAUGCAAAGAAGAGCAGAAAUGUCAAGUCUCUGGAGGAGAGACUGGCCAAUGGAGAGAACAUUCUCUGUGCAGAAGGUUACGUGCUGGCCCUGACCAGAAUGGGGUAUGUGGCAUCAGGGGUAUGGGUACCGGAGUUCUUGGUGGACCGUCCCGAGAUACUCAGGAACCUCCACGUACAAUUUGCAGACGCUGGCUCGGAUGUGAUCGAGGCCUACCAGUAUUUCAUUGAUCGUAAAAAUCUAACCAUGGUUGGCAAAGAAGAUCGUGUGGAGGAGUACAACCGAGUGGCUUUGAGAAUUGCCCGUGAGGUGGCCCAGGAAAGAGGGCUUCUGUUUGCGGGUGGAGUGGGAAAUACCAACAUUUUUUCUGAUAAGACAAUUGCUGACCCAGAAACUGAAAUCCGUUUGAUUCAUGAGCAGCAAGUUCGCUGGGCUAAAGAGGAAGGUGUCGAUUACGUAAUUGCUGAGACAAUGAGCAAUUAUGAAGAAGCAAGAAUUGCUCUUGAAGUCAUCAAAUCGUUUGACCUCCCUGCUGUCAUCACUCUAAGUCCAAUGGGGUGCAAUAAAGACGGCAUUGCUACAACUGUGGAUGAUGUCCCGAUAGCCACUGCCUGUCAGCGUUUACUGGAGCUUGGCGCUACUCUUGUAGGCAGCAACUGUUAUAGAGGUCCCUCCACAAUGAUCAACAUUAUUGAAGACAUUGUCAAAGUUGUACCCCCUGAAAAAGUGUGUGCACUACCUCUUGGAUACCGUACGACCAAGGAGCAACCGACAUGGUAUGAUUUAAAAGAUCCUCUUUUCCCUGAGAAUUUCCCCUUUACCGACGGUUUGAAUCCAUUCCUGGUCACCGAGAAAGAAAUUGUCAUAUUCACGAAGCGUUGUAUGGAGCUGGGCGUGAAGUACAUGGGAAUAUGUUGUGGAAAUAUGGGAAGUCUCACGAGAGCCAUGGCAACCACGAUGGGGAAGGAGCCGUUUUUGAGCGCCUAUCAUGAUAUGGAGAAGCUAUCCAAAGUGAUGAAACACAAGAAUGAACUUAGGAGUAAGAGAUUGAAGGAGUAUUCUAAUUAAUAAGCAGCCUAAGAAACUUUUUUCUAUGUAUAAUUUAUUUUUAUGGGGAGUAACUUCACCAUGAGCUUCUUGUUAAUUGUGUAGGGCUACAUAACAUG